UGCCCCUAUUGGAGUACUCUGCCGACCCUAGAUAACCAGGCUACCGAGCCAUGACGUCUGUUUACCCACUGGAGUAAACCGUUGAGAAACUCGUUAAACAUUAAACAAGUUUUACACACCCCGGUAGAACCCACGCCACGCUGUGAACUAUGACAUGCUUGAUCAAACACCGUACUAGGUACGGCGGACGUUAUAUAUAACGGUCUGCAUGUAGCUCCCCCCUCCCCCUUUUUUUUACAGCACGUUGAAAACUCCUGAGCUAAAUCAAGGACCGAUGAACAUACAGAGAAAGAUGUUACAGGUGUAGAAACGUCUACGGCAACGUUUGGACGACAUGGAGGGUUCGUUAGGUCGCCGCUCGGCAUCGUCGCCCUAUGGGAGUUACCGUCGCCCUCCCAGCCGAGGCCGCUACUCUACCGGGACGGGCCGGAGAAGUCAUCGGUCCGCCUCCACCCCUCCCCGGCAGAAGACUCCGUGCUGUACCCGCAGCCGGGCCCGCUGUGCGCUAAUCGUGCUGCUGAUAUUUGUGGCGCUGGGGCUGGCCGGUGUGCUGGUCUGGAACUUUACAUACCAGCCGCUAGUCGUCGACUUUGGCGGGCUCGUACAUUACGACGGUGCCAGUCAAUCCUUCAUCCUUAGAAACCUUAGUACGUCCGAGGUUCUGAGAGGAACGUUAGGGGCAGACCUGGGCCCGGAGCCGUACACCUGCAGUACGGGGGACGCCUGCUUCCAGUGGCCGGACCGUGCCUCCCUCGUGCUGCGGCACCGCGUUAUGGAGGAGGAGGGCGUCCACUGCACCAACGUGACGUGGCAGGCGCUGUCGGCGGAGGAGGACGGCUGGAGGCCCGUAGACUGCUUCAUGGUGGACUCGGCGCACUGGUACGGUGGGCCCGAGAUGUACCAGCAACGCUGGCCGAUCAACAACGGGUCGGGAGUCAUGCAGCCCUACGUGACAAAUGACUUCAGAUUGCGGGACUUCCCUCCGGACACACCGGUGGAGAACUUCACUGCGUACGGGAAUGUCGCCGACAGGUUCUUCUUCUCUUCAAAGGGUGUCGCCAUCGUUGUAGAUGACGUCACACCCUUACACGUCAGUAUAAACCAGAGUGGUGACGGGAAACUUUGCUUCAUGGCCAACUACACGUCCGAGUAUCCGAACCCUGGCGGCAGGAGACCGGUACUGCAGUACACCGUGUGUUCCGGAAGGAACGCGCUGGACAUACAUGAACACAUGUACAGCCGCUUCUAUGGGAGACUCAAUGCUGUCCCUGACACGCGGAUGUUAGAGUCCCCAGUCUGGUCCACCUUGGCGCGGUACGGACCCAACAUCAGCGAGACUACCGUCGGAGAGUUCGCAUUCCAAAUCUUCGACUACAACUUAACUGGGAGUAACAUGUUGAUUGAUGACUCAUGGGAGGGCAGAUAUGGCGACUUGACCUUCAACAGAACCGCGUUCGAGUUCCCGGAUCCCAGCAAUCUGAUUGGCUACCUGCACCAGAAGGGGUUAGAGGUCAGUCUGUGGGUCACGCCCUUCAUCAACACAGACUCCGCAGCCUUCAGGGAGAGCGUGGAGAAAGGGUACCUGGUCAGGACAGACCCGAACAAUCCUAACCUGGACACGCCCGUGCCCGCCCUGGUCCGCUGGUGGAGGGGCGUGGCAGGUCUGCUGGACGUCACCAACCCUGACGCACGGAGGUGGUACCUGUCGCGGCUACACUUUCUCAGGGAGAACCUGACAGUCGACUCCUUCAACUUUGACGCGGGAGAGGCGCGGUACUUUCCUGACAUUCCCUACUACACGCACGAGCCCCUGGUCAACCCGAAUGUCUACAGCUCAAAGUGGGUAGAGAUGGUGUCCAGCCUGGGUGUGCAGACAGCGGUGAGGACCGCGUACAACACGCAGAGUUUCGCCGUGUACCUGCGGAUGAUGGAGAAGCGGUCCAGCUGGGGAGGAGACAACGGACUGAGGACCGUCAUCCCCACCAUGCUGCUGUUCGGGGUGCUGGGGUACCCGUAUGUGCUGCCGGCACCAAUAGGGGGAAGUGAAUUCCCAGACAAGGAGCUGUACAUCCGGUGGAUGGAGCUGGUGGCCUUCUUUCCCAGCAUGCACUUCUCCAUCUCCCCCUGGCAGUUUGACUACGACACGGUGGAGAUCGCUCAGAAAUUUGUCGCCAUUCAUGAAGACGAGGUGACUCCAUUGGUUCUUCAGAUCUCUAGAAGCCCCGUGAUUGGUCCAACCGCAGACCGGUAUGCACCAAUUGUCAGGCCGCUCUGGUGGCACUACCCAAAUGACAUCAUGGCUCAGACCAUCGAUGAUGAGUUCCUGAUCGGUGGUGUCAUGCUGGUCGCCCCGGUGAUGGAACAGGGGGCUCGGGCCAGGACGGUGUACUUCCCGGGGGGUGGGGAAUGGCGGGACGAGAGGGACGGGGCAACGUACGCGGGUGGGGAGACCAGGAACAUUCCGGUAGCAUUAGAUGAAGUGGCCUACUUCACACGUGUAUAGAUUUUUACAUAUCAACUUGUUUUAAACACGAACUUGUUGCUUCUAGUGUAACUGUAAGAUAGCAAGUGUUAAUUUUUUGUAGCUCAGUAGCUUUAGAUGAAGUGCCUUACUUCACACUUGUAUAGAUUUUACAUAACAACUUGUUUUUAAACACAAAUUUGUUGGUAGUGUAAGAUAGCAAGUGUUGAUUUUUUUGUAUGUUUCAGGUUGUGUGAGUAAUAAGAGGUGGUGUGUCAUGCCACUAGAUAAAAAGAUACAUACCCAUAUAUAGAGAGCUAUUGCAAAAUAUACUCCAAGCAGAGCUUGAGUCGCACAGAUAUAGUAGUAGUCAGGAUUUUUACCAGCUCGCUCCUGAUCGAGCAUGUAAAAAUACCGACUACCACUAUAUCUCCGCGAAUCAACCUCUGCUUGGAGAAUAAUUGUAAAAGGUUUGCAAGCAAAGUGUUGUUGUCAUUGACUUCAGUUGUCUUGCUAGUGAUAUUUUACAGGCUUAUGUAGAGUUGUGAAAAAAGAGAUACUACAUUAGUGCACAUAUUUGUGAUUUUUUAUUGUUAUUUUGUACAUAUUUUGUCCUUUUUUAUAGCAAGUUAUGUUUUAUUUGAUGCUGAAGACAAGUUGUAAAAAUCACAGUGCUGUUUAUCUUUUACUGUGUAUAUUUUGCUAUACUUGCUAUGAACCUAUAGAGUGCUAGUAAACCAAUGCAGUGGUAGACAAGAUGGAUAUAAGAUUGUGAAAACGUUUUAGUCUAGACGGGCUUCUUUUUUUCGAUUCCUGCAUAUUUUGUUUUUGUUGAGCAAAAUCUCCACCUGUGAUUUAAAAGAAAAUACAGCUUUCCUUGUCUGCCUUAUGUAAUAUUUAUACUAGAAUCAUGAGGAUAUGCUGACAUUAAAUGAAAUUAAAGUGAAAUUUUGUCUGAAUAUGUUGCAUAAAAACUACUAUCAUUUACCUACAUUGUAGAUACUAGUAUAUCAAUAUAUCAUGGAAGGAUGUGCCCUGCUGAAACAUUCAGGAAUGAAUAAAAUCAUUGAUGUUCUAG